GUGCCAGAGAGGCUCCUACCCCUGACUUCCCAUCAUCAGGAUCCUUCUUCCAAAGCCCUGUUAUCUGAGGCCUAAGGCCCCAGAAAGAGGCAAGAAGUCAAUUUCAGAUCCCCCCCAGCUCCGCCUCUUCCCCCUCCACCCCACCCAGCCAGCUCAGCUUCCUCUCUGUGAGGAAAUACUUUCACUUCCUGCUCCUUCAGGCCUCCCCUCGGAGAACAGGUAGGGGCCCCCAGGGACCCAGCAGCUGGCAUGGUUAUCCCCCUGUGCCACCUUUGGUAUUAAGCAGCUCCCCAUCCUGCUCUGCCCAGCACCAACCACCUCCUCCUUCCCUCCCAUGGGACCCAGAGGCCAGGCCAUGGCUUGCUGGCCUCCUACAUCCUGAGGAUGGCCCAGCCAGAGGACCAAGCCUUGGCAUGCCCCACCAAUGGGGAGAGACUGGUCCCAUCACAGGAGAAUGGAGCAGGUGAGACCUGCUUAGGGGUUCUCAGGGCCCUAGAGCCACUUCUUCGACUGCAGAGGACCUGGGGAGUGUGGCAGAUCCCAGAGCUGGACGCCCAGGCUGCAGAAGCCCUUUUGGAGCUGUGGCCACCCGGGAGUUUUCUGGUCAUAGGACAUGAACCCAGCCAGGUCCUGGUGUUGAGAACAGGACCUUCACCAGGGGAAGUCAACACCUACCAGAUCCAGAAGCUUCCUGGAGGUGUGUCUCUGGAAUCCUCUCACCUCUGCAUGCCAGACCUGCCCCAUCUCCUGGCCUUCCUGUCAGCCAGCAGGGAUGUUUUGCCCAGAACACUGCUCUUGCCCCCUCCCACUCUAGGGUCUGGAGAACAACACACAGAUACUCUGCAGAAUGGCAGUGGCCAACUCAACACCUCAGAGAGGAUGAUCUCUGUGGUGAACAAGCUCUACCUGGAGACCCACAGAGGGCAAGGGAUGAGAUCUCCCCCAGAGGCAGCUCCAGAGACUACCAAGAUAAGUGAUCCAGCCCCCAGGAACACCGCCCCUCAUCGGGUCUCUUGGGUGGAAGGCCCGCUCAGCCCAGAAGUACACCGUCCUGGGCCAGCUCUGGCCAGCCUGGGGGAGGAGGAGGAGGACUACCAAGAAGAAGGACCUGAGGAUGUGCUUACUAGUCAUGUCCAGGCUCUCGCCAGGGCCCGGAGCAGCUAUGUGGCCAGGCAGUUCCGAGGCCUUCAGGCACGCCUCACAUCAGAAGCUGAGGGCCCCUACAGGCCUGGGGACCCCGCCACCGAGCUGCUCCAGGAUGUGCGGCACCUCCUUACCGACCUCCAGGAUCACUUAGCAACGGACCCCAAUGUCAGGGCUAUCUUUGGGAGCAGAGGGCCUGGGGUCCCCCAGAAGAACGAGGAUCUUGGCCCCGCGGUGGAGGCAGCCUUGUGCCGGGCAGUGCUGGCGCCACUGAUGCCGGCCCUGUGGACACGACUCCGCACGCUCAGGGCCCCAGAGCUGAGGCGACUGCGGAGGCAACAAAUAGCCCUGCGGGCUGGGCCUCCCGGAGCUCAGGGGGCUGGGCCUGAGGGACAGGGCGCCGCCCCCACCCUGCGGAGCCGCAUCCACUCACGCCUCCGGCACCUCCACGCUGCCUGUGCCCCACGCCGCAAGGUGGCGUUGCUGCUGGCGAUGUGCAGUGACAUCUACGAGGGCCUGGCUUCGGGCGAGAAACAAGAGCCCCUGGGCGCCGACGCCUUCCUGCCCGCGCUGACUGAGGAGCUUAUCUGGAGUCCGGACAUCGGGGAGACUCAGCUGGACGUGGAGUUUCUUAUGGAGCUCCUGGAUCCUGAAGAGCUACUGGGAGAAGUUGGUUACUACCUGACCACGUGGUUUGGGGCCCUGCACCACAUCGCCCACUAUCAGCCCGAAGCUGGGCGAGCGCCACAGGAGCUCAGUUCCGAGGCCAGUGCCUCCCUGUGCCAGUGGCAUCGCAGGCGAACGCUACAAGGACAGAGCCACUCCAGACCCCAGGCUGAUCUGCCCUUUGAGGAACCCGGGGAAAUACAGACUGGGCCAAGAGACCAAUGAGGAAUAGGGAUCUCAAACCUUUCUGCUCUUCAAGCAAGAUGCAGAGGCACCUGUUGUUUAGGAGCAGCAAGGAAGAGGAGGUCCCAGGAAAAGGGAAUGGCUUACCUUGGGGUCUUUGCAUUGGCUGUUCCUGCUUCCUGGAAUGCCCUUCCCUAAUAUCCACACUGUUCCUUCCCUCCCUUCCUUCAGAUCUUGAGGCAGAUUUCACAGUCUCAGUGACGUUCUCUCAGACACAACUGUCUGCAACUAUAACUCCUCUCCCUUGACCUCCCUGUGGAAGGCAGAAUAAGGCACCCCCCACCUCCUCCAAUGUCCUCUUCCUAGUACCCAGAAUCUGUGACUCUGUUACUUUACAUGGUAAAAUGGAUGUUAUAGAUGCCCUUACAGAUUUUAAGGUGGGGAAGUUAUCCUGGAAUCUAGUGGGUCCAAUAUCAUCACAAGGGUCCUUAUAAGAGGGAGGCAGGAGGUUCAGAGUCAGAGGAAGAGAUGUGAUGAUGCAAGCAGAGGUUGGAGUAAAGGCCAGGAGCUAAAGAAAGCAGGCACCCUCUAGAAGUUGAAAAAGACAAGGAGUGGAUGUUCCCCUGGAACCUCCAGCAGAAAUUCACCCUUUGAUUUUAGACCCCUAAGAUCUGGUUUGGACUUCUGACCUUCAGAACUGCAAGAUAAUAAAUUGGUGUGGAUUUUGUUAAGCCACAAAGUUUGUGGUAAUUUGUUACAGCAUCAGCAGGAAACUAAUACACCCUACCCUGAUCUGAAAUUGAACCUCCUGGUUCAUAGGUAGAUGCUCAACCACUGGGUUGGGGGCUCAAUCCCCAGUAGGGGGCGUGCAGGAGGCAGCCAAUCAAUGAUUCUCUCAUCAUUGAUGUUUUUAUCUCUCUCUCCCUCUCCCUUCCUCUCUGAAAUCAAUUAUUUAUUUAUUUAUUUUUAAAGGGCAGGUAAAUGGGAGGCUGUCAGAUCCUAUAUGUCCUUGUUAAAAAGUAUUCUGGAUCUUUUCUAAUUUUUGAGCCACCACGAUCUGAGUCUUUUUGUCUUGACUUUUGUUUUUUUUACAUUUAAUAUACAUUAACAUACCAGGAACAAAAGUAACAGUAUUAAACCAGUAACACUGAUUAGGAAAAAAAAAAUAUCUUAUAUUAGACAAGGAAGUACCUGAAGAGGAACAAGUAUCUACUAUUAUCCAGAAGUUCCAAUUUUUCUACUGGGCAGUUAAUUUCAUCUAUUCCUAUAUUUAGACAAUAUCUAAAAUACUCAUCUAGAUUAGAUCUAUAUAUAACUCUACUAGGGGAAUUAUUAGGGAGUGUUCUUGGAGAGGUUCGUCCAAGAGAGGUCCUUUAUAAUAGAUAAAGCCUGAAAAAAUGUACCAAAGCUUAUAUUGAUAAUAGAAGACCACUAGUGUGGCCAACAAAAUUUCAUUAUCAUAGCUGAUAAUCAGAAUAUCAUUGUCUAGUAGGUGAGAAAGAUUAGCAGGAACCCAAGUUAAAUUUUUCAUGUCUAUUAAGGAGAAAGGUCUGGGGAGACAGAUACUGUUUUCAUUAGGGUACCAUAAGGAGGAUAAUAUAUAUAUAUAUAUAUAUAUAUAUAGAGAGAGAGAGAGAGAGAGAGAGAGAGAGAGAGAAUGCAAAUUAGGCCAGGACACCGUAAUGGGUCAUGACCAAACAGGAGGAGGUUGCACGAGAGAGAGAGAGAGAGAGAGAGAGAGAGAGAGAGAGAGAGAGAGAGAGAGAGAAUGCAAAUUAGGCCAGGACACCGUAAUGGGUCAUGACCAAACAGGAGGAGGUUGCACGCACAGGUAAGGCCCGGAGUGGAGACAGAGACAGACCCAGAGUGGCCUGCCCGAGCUGGCGCGGCAGCUCUGGUGCCCGGAGUGGA